AUUUCCGACGAGUUUGCUCGCCGAGCGAUUUUCCGUCGCUGAGGGAGGAUCAUAGAAUCAAUCGCUAUAUGCGGCCCGUCCUCGCGCCUUCGUCAGAAGGCGCUAUACGAACAAUGGCUGUUUCUCGCCUUACGAAGCAUGUUAUAGGAAAAGCGGAUACAGCAUAUCGAUAGUCCGAGGCGUCGGAAGGGCGACUGCCGACACUGCCGUCAACCUUUGCGCAAAUUGGAGAUUAGUGUAUUGCAGGCGGCUGGGAAUGUACAAGGUCAUUUGAGCAGGAUCAGAGCCUUGCCGCUAAGGAGACCGCAUCAUGGCAAGCGCCGGUCAGGCGUGCUUCGCUUCCCACCCGGGACACUUGACGAGAGCCGCCAUCGGGCUGCACCUCUCAAGACCAGACAACGUUGGGAACCAUCUCUGACAUGGGACGGCGACCGAUCGAGUUGGCGCCCUCGACCGUCAUGCCCAUUCCCGACUCCUCAUCCGAUCCAUUUGAGCAACUCGUCGCACCGCUGAGAGCUGGAUACAGCCAACUCAGGGAGUCGAUUGGCGAUCGCGACAAGGAAAUCGACAACCUCAAGGUCGAACGCGACUCGCUCAGGCACGCGUACGAAAAACUAAGGAGCAGCAACAGCCAGCAGUACGCAGAAUUUUCCGUCCUGGAAAGACGUCGCAAGUCACUCGGUGACAUAUCCCUACCCGACAGAUCGGAUCCCCGGGUCGUUGUCUUUCUCGACGGCGAUGGGAUACUUUUUGAUCAGAACCUCGUUUCUCGAGGGGAGCAGGGCGGGUUAGAUGCUGCGCGACGAUUGAGCGACGCAAUAACCUCGCAUCUCAAGGAAACCCUAGGAGAUGCAGUAGUCGGACCACGACUACGUAUCUGGAUGUUCGGGUUUCUCAACCUGAACGGCCUCGCCUCGGCCUACAAUAGGGCCGACAUCGCUGACUUCGCGAACGUCAAACAUUACUCGAGGGUUCACCUCAUCCAGCCCCUCUUGGAUGACUACGUUCCCAUGCCCACAACCCUUCGCGUGUAUUUCGGAGGAUGCCAUGAUAAUGGAUAUGGUGCUAUUCUCCGCACUCUGAUCACCGACGGAUACAAGGACAAGAUUUAUCUGCUUCGCGGAUACAGGGACAUGGCCAACGAAAUUAGCAAGCUCGGCCUUGCUGAAUACACCGUGCCAGGCCUUUUCAGACCUGACAAGAUUCCACCGAGAGCAGUCAAGCUCAGCACGGACCCUUCGACUGCUCUCGCCCACGACUCUAACAACACUUUGAGCUUCUCAUCAGACGAAGCUGUUUCCCCAGGAAGUCCGGCCCCACAUGCGGGGCCUUCGAACCCUAGCACACACUCACGCUGGGAGGCCAACUUCUUACAGCCUGACGAGUCAUUGGAACUCGAGCCCGAGCCCGAGGUCGAGGUGAAGGUGGCUUCCCAGCCAUCUACUUCGUCUCCGGCAACAAAUUCUAUCAGGCUCGGCCGCUCGGCAAGCGACAGCUCAUUGAGCCAGUUACUACUGCAGAGUGGUAUUGCGAUGCACACGUUCGAUCCAAAGAAGGUAGACACAUCCACAGACUACCACUUGCUCCCCCGCUAA